GUGUCAGCAGAGCUGCUGGACGUGGGUGUAUGUCCACAUGAUGGACUCACACCCUGAGGCUCUGGACCAACUUACUGCAGAGGGAGAGGCCCUGGCCACUGAUGCGACUGAAGAUCUUGAUGUGAGCACAUUGUCAGACGAGAGACUGGCGACCGCUGGCUCUCGUGAGAGUCUCACUGAGGAGAGAUUGGAGCGCAAGGUUUGGUCUCGGGAGGCGUUCACGCAUGAGACUGCUGGUAUGGGUGGUCCAGAUCUCGAUAUCAAGCCAAGGAGGGAAAGAGGUAGAGAGCGGAGACGAUGGCGGGAGGACGGCAGGCGGCGGCAGGACUCAGAGCAGUCGACACCUUCACGUCGCACUUCCUCCACCAGUAUUGGCUCUGAGGAUCCUACAAUGUUCCGAGGCGAAGCCUGGAGGAGGAAAUGGGUUUGA